AGCAACAAUAGUUGGCUUCUAUAAGUAAACCAUUCUGUACUUUCACAACAGUGCAUAGCCAUCUAGUCAUCAGCACCGGCUAUGAAGAUUGCCUGGUCUGCAGUAAUAACAGCUGCGCUGUUGCCGUUCUCUGCCUAUGCAGGCAUGUAUGGCCAGCCUGUUCUCCAUCUCGACUCCAAGACAUUCAAGUCCGUCAUGGCCAGUGAACAUGCGGCGAUGGUCGCCUUUGUGGCACCGUGGUGUGGGCACUGUAAAAAUCUCGGACCCGAAUACACUGCUGCGGCCCAAUCACUUUCGCCUCUGAUCCCAUUCUAUGCUGUUGACUGUGACGAUGCGUCCAAUCGUGGGCUUUGCGCUGAAUAUGGUGUUCAAGGAUAUCCAACUAUAAAAGGUUUCCCCAAGGCGGGGAAGGGAGCUGCUAAGGAAUACAAUGGUGAAAGGAAGAGGGGUGCGCUAGUGGAAUACGCGAAGGGGUUGGUGCCCGAGAGGGUCAAGAAGUUAAGAGUUCAGGGAGACAUUCAGUCUGAUGUGCAAGGUUUUUUGGGGGAGAAAUCUGAGCUUCCGCAUGUCCUUCUUGUCCACCCCUCGUCGCCUUCUAUUCCUUUCCUAUGGAAAGUUCUCGCUCACCGUUUCUCCAACAAGCUCCACCUCGGAUACGUACGAGAUACUACAUCACAUGAAGUUCUUUCAUCGCUCGGCAUUUACGACUCCGCAGACACUACUCGUGACGGUACACGAGUCGUCGCUUGGUCUCCCGGCUCUCAAAGCGGGGAGUUUGUAGAAUAUGAUGGUAUCCUUAAAUUCAAUGCCCUUCUGGAAUGGCUCCAAACCACUUUCCCUUCAGCCGCUCCUUCCAACGCCAAGCAAAGACCUGUCAAAGCUCCUCAACCGACCGUCAAAUCGACCAACAAGAGGCAGGAGCAGAUUCCUACCCAAUCCCAAAAUGAUGCCGCUGCCAGGAGAGCCAAGUUGGAAGAAAUGGAAAGGAGGGACAAGGCGAGAAGAGAGAAGGCCGCUGAAGCUGCAAGGGCUCAAACGAUGGCCACUGAGGCAGAACCCGAGAUAGAAAAGGAGGCUACUCCUGUGGAGGACGCGGCGAAUGCGGCCCCUGCUCAAAUGGUAGAAGAUACCUCUUUACCAGCGGAAGAAAUGGAAUCAAGACCUGUGCCCGAGGAAGCGCCUGAGGAUGAAGGGUCAGCGGGCGAUGUGGAGGUUGAGAAAACUGAAGUGGUUCAUGAGGAACUAUAAGCUUUUUGCCAGGGAUACAUGCAUUGCAUCUUGUAGUUUGGUUAGAGCCCGUCAUUCCCA